AUGUCCACCCCAAACCUAGAUGCCCUCAAGCGCGAUGGCUUUGUUGCAGUCCGCAACCUCCUCACCCCGGACGAGGUAUCGGACUAUCGCGAGAUCGCUACAAAAGCAACAACCCUAACUCGCACCGGGGGAUGGCCACACUUCCGCACCGUCCCGAAACAAUUCCCACCAUGGCCGACGACCGCACCGCCCGCCUCGGAGGGCGGAAUCUGGGGCGUGCAGCACCUAAUGCACCCGGAAAUGCCAGGACGGGAUGGUUUCGCUAAAUGCUACUUCUCUCCGACUAUUCUCGCCGUAGCAGAGGAGUUAAUGGGCAUUGAAAAGACCGACGAGACCGAGCCACUCGUUAUGGAACUGUUCAACCUGCUCGUGGCACCGGAAACCAAAGACUUUGAGCUUCGCUGGCACCGCGACGAUAUCUCCGAGAAGGCGACUGCGGAGGAAGAACUCGCCCAGCUUGCAGCUAAGGCACCUGGUGGCCGUCAGUCGCAUUGCCAGUAUAACUUGGCGCUUUGCCCUGAUGCGUCGCUGAUUGUUAUACCGGGGACGCAUACGCGCGCUCGCACACAGGUCGAGCGUGAGGCGGAUCCUUAUGCUCCCGAGUUGCCAGAUCAAUUGGUUGUUCAGUUGCAGCCUGGAGAUGCGGUGUUUUAUAACAGCAACAUUUUGCAUCGUGGAGUUUAUCGGGGGAAGAGUGAGGGUGGCGUGGAGACCAGGUUGACUUUGCAUGGGAGUCUCGGGUUGAAGGCUUCUAGGGAUGGGGGUGCUGAUGCUGAGGAGAAGAAGAAGGUUAGGGCUACUGCGGUGCUGCAGCAUGGAGUCGGGGCUUGGGUUAAUCGUGAUGAUGCUGCCUUUGGACUUGGUAAGAGGGCUGAGAAGAUGAGAGCUAAUCUUGUUGAGAUGGGGACUGGAGAGGGGGUUGGAUAUUCUUUGCAGGGAUAG